AUUCCACAUAAUUUAGCGAGAGUAAUGGUUAUUUUUCAUAUCAAUAAACAUGUUUGACUUUUAUAACAAUUAGUUAACCUAUUUAUUUAUGAUGAGGUUCUCUAAAAGUCGAUUGUUGGCCCAUACUUUUGUUUAUAUUAAUUUUAAUGUGCAGUGAAUUUAAGUUAUCAUUUCGUGAAAAACCAAGACAAUGAAUUCUAAUUCUAAUUCCUCGUUAACUGUUGAGGCUAGUGAAACUACAUCUGAUACCGCGCAAUUAGUCAACAGUAUAGAAGCUACCACUUCAAAUUAUGGACAACUAAAUAAUCAUGCAGACUCCCAGGAGUCAAUGGAAGACGAUUCGCAUGGUAGUCAUGGUGUACGAAGAAGGAAUCCAGUCCAAAAAAUUGAACCUGGAUCUAUGAACAUUCUGUCAGCAAAAUAUGAAAGUUUGGAUUAUGACACAUGUGAAAAUCACUUAUUACUUGACGAAGAGCGCAAAAGAGGCUACCCAUUUGUAGUAUGGAAGGACAUGGCAAGAUGGUUUAUUAUAUUACUCAUUGGAAUAAUCACUGCUUUGAUAGCAUUUAUCAUAGAUAUUUGUAUAGAAGAAUUUUCAGACAUCAAAUACAAAGAACUCAAGAAAUCUGUUGACAAGUAUGCUAUGAUGGACCGAUUGUACAUUCCGUACCUACUAUGGGUGUUAUCUAAUAUUUGUAUUGUAUUCAUUGGAUCCAUAUUGGUCGCAUAUGUGGAGCCGGUCGCUGCAGGCAGUGGUAUCCCUCAAGUAAAAUGCUACUUGAACGGAGUCAAAGUACCGCGAGUGGUUCGCUUCAAAACCUUGGUGGUGAAAGCCAUUGGUGUCAUUACCGCCGUUGUCGGUGGAUUGGCUGGUGGAAAGGAAGGCCCAAUGAUCCACAGCGGGGCUGUGGUGGCGGCCGGGAUAUCUCAAGGCAAAAGUACCACCUUCAACAGGGACUUCAAAAUAUUCCAAUACUUCCGCGAGGACCACGAGAAAAGGGAUUUCGUAUCUGCCGGCGCCGCUGCGGGCGUUUCUGCUGCUUUCGGCGCUCCAAUAGGUGGAGUAUUAUUUUCACUGGAAGAAGGCACAAGUUUCUGGAACCAAGCGUUGACGUGGCGAACGUUCUUUGGGACUGUGGUUUCUACGUUCACUCUGAACUUCGCUCUUUCAGCAUACCACGGUCACCCUGGAGAGUUAAGUUACCCAGGUCUGCUAAACUUGGGGAAGAUGGACCCGUUUCCAUUCCAGUUCUAUGAGCUGCCGGUGUUCAUGUUUUUCGGGGCCGUUGGCGGAAUGCUGGGAGCGCUUUGGAACCACAUAAAUUAUAAGUUGGCUGUGUUUCGAAUUAGGCACAUCACUGCGCCGUGGCUGCGCGUGGUAGAGGCGUGUCUGGUUGCAGCGGCCAGUGCUACGUGUGGCUUCCUCAUGAUGUUCCUGCUCAACGACUGCCGGCCGCUCGGCGAGGACCCUACUAAGGUGCCCCUGCAGCUCUUCUGCGCGGACGGCGAAUACAACACACUAGCGGCCAUCUGGUUCCAAACGCCCGAAGCGUCAGUGCGCUCGUUCCUCCACGACCCCAUCGGCUCGUACCGGCCUCUGUCGCUAUUGGCGUUUGUGGCGUGCUACUUUUUGCUGUCGGCUUGGACGUUCGGGCUGGCAGUCUCCAGCGGGCUGUUCAUUCCCAAUCUACUCACUGGUGCAGCCUGGGGCCGAUUGCUGGCGAUCAUUAUUCAGCUAGUGGCACCCGCUAACGUGACGAUAAACCCCGCUAAAUACGCAUUAAUCGGUGCGGCGGCGCAGUUGGGCGGCGUGGUGCGCAUGACCAUAUCGCUCACCGUCAUCAUCAUCGAGACCACCGGCCAAAUCUCCAACGCGCUGCCGAUCAUCAUCACGCUUGUUGUAGCCAAGUGGAUCGGGGACUUCUUCAACGAGGGCAUAUACGACAUCCACAUCCAACUGGCAGCCGUGCCGCUGCUGCCGUGGGAGCCGCCGCCAUUGACGCACAACAUCUACGCGUCCGAGGUCAUGUCGCACCCGGUGUUCACUCUCCGAACGGUGGAGAACGUCGGCCAUAUUGUGGAACUGCUCAAAGUGGUCUCAUAUAAUGGCUUCCCGGUCGUCGACCCGCCGCUGGCUGACGAUCCUGAAAUCACAACAUACAAACGUCUCCGCGGCAUGAUCCUGCGGUCGCAACUGAUCGUGCUCCUUCAGAACAAGCUUUACAACGAAAACGCGAACACUGAAUGGUCGAACUUCAGCGUCGAUAUGAACGUCUUCAGGAAGGAGUACCCUCGCUAUCCAUCUAUUGAUAAGCUAGAGAUAGCCGAAUGGGAGAAGACGUGCACCAUCGACCUGCGCCCGUACAUGAACCCGUCUCCGUACACGCUGCCGCACCGCGCCUCGCUGCCGCGACUGUUUCGCCUGUUCCGCGCGCUCGGCUUACGACACCUGCCCAUCGUCAACGACGUCAAUGAGGUGGUGGGCAUGGUGACUCGAAAGGACAUAGCGCGGUACCGAGUGUGGCGACAUCGCGGCCAUAUGGGCAUGGAGGAGUUGCUGCUAUCUAGUGAAAUUUAACUUGUCAUUAUUUAUCUUUUAGACAUAAUUUUGACUACAACUAUUGACGGGCGGAUUUACUGCAUUACUCGAAUCUUAAGCGCAUUACAUACUUCACGCGGGUAGUGGGGAAUAUCUAAGAUCAGUAAACGUCAGAAUUGGCGGUCAUUAUGUAUUUUACAUCGAAAUCAUUCUAGAAAGUUGUCUUUAUAAUAACGCUCGACUUCGAACACCGCACGUCAAUAGUUAAAGGUAAAUGUUUUAUGUAUAACGACACUUAAUUGUAACUGAUUGAUGUUUUCAAUGUUUUUGCCAUGUAUUUAAACAAAAACGAGUAAAUAAGUGCAAACAUUUGAAAUGAUAUUGUGCACUUUGGUAGAUGAAAGCAUAACUUACAAUAUUAGCACAGUUAGAAUGCAGGAAUAUUUAUUAUAACUAGCAAAAUUUUAGUUUUUAAGACAUAUUAGUAAUUAUUAACUCUAUGAAAGGAAGUAGUCAUCUCUUUAGUAAAUAAGCAUCCAUGUAUGACUGUGUUGGGUUUAUUCUGUGUAUGUGUUCAUCUUAAUGUGUCAUAUAGAUCAUUUUGUUGAUUUUUGUACUUAUUUAUAUUAAGAUCAUGUGGUAAUUCUUAUUCACAUCAUGAUAUUAAAAUAUUAUUAUGAAUUAUGCUUAUUGUGAUAUAUUUGCACUCAGAAAUCUUGUGAAUAAAUAAUAUUAUUAUGUAGGUCCUGUACUUAUUUUGAAAUUAAAAUAAGCUCAGAUGAUGUACCUUUCCACUUUAAGACAAGUAAUCCAAAGUACAUAAAUUUAAUUUCUUAUUUAUGAGACAUGUAACUAUUAUAACUAUAAAUGUGAUAAUAAUUAAGAUUA